AUGAUCUUGUUCUUGCAGAUUUGUGUUUCCUCUGUGGACCCUUUGGCAUUUCCUUCUGCAGUGGAAGCAGGUGCCCAAAUGGUGGAAAUUGGAAAUUAUGAUUCUUUCUACGAGAUGGGAAUUCAGUUUUCCCCUGAACAGAUUCUAAAGCUCACUAGAGAAACUAGAAGGAUUCUUCCAUCCAUUACACUGUCUGUAACCGUGCCACACAUGCUUAGUCUCCCUGAUCAGGUGAAGCUAGCAGAGUUGCUGGAACAGGAAGGUGCUGAUAUAAUCCAAACUGAAGGAGGGAAAUACUCAAGUCCAUCAAAACCUGGUGUCCUUGGUUUGAUCGAGAAGGCCACACCAACGCUAGCAGCUGCAUACUCCAUUUCCCGAGCAGUUCAGAUUCCAGUUAUGUGCUCAUCUGGAUUAAGCGCUGUCACUGCACCUAUGGCUUUAACAGCAGGAGCAGCUGGUGUGGUAUGCAAUCUGUGGGUUAAGUAUGGAGCCAAUGGAGGAGAGGAGUUGCAGAAUUGGACAUGGCUACUGAAGUACUGA